AUGGACAUGGCGAUCGAGCCCGAGAUGCUCAUGUACCAGGAAACCUUUGGCAUGGACGUUUCGCCCACGAUCGACAAGGACGUGGAGAACAUCGAGACGAGCAUCACGGCUGUGUCGCCGGAGCUCGAAUGCCUUUGGCUGCCGACGCUGGUGAUCCACAUGCUGAAUUUGCAGCCGCGCCUCGAGUACGAAUUUGUGCUCAUUCUCAAAAACGCCGAAGACAUUACCGAUACCGAGUACAAGCAGCAAGAGACGAUCCUCUCGAGCAUUCUCCAAGCCGGUAUCCACGUGACCGUCAUGGCCAACUCGCGCAAUUCGACCGACAAGAUCAUUUUGCUACUGAGCGCGCCACUAUGGCUCCUCGCCCGCGAAGACAAGCUCAUGAAGAUGGAGCGCAUCAUCGAGUACCACUCGGAAGAAGACGCCAAAUCGCUCGGGGACGAGUACGGGGCGAACGCCGAGGCCCUCACCGCCGCCGAUCGGCUCUCUGCGUUUGCCUCCAUCUUGACACGCCCGUCGACUGACAAGCCGCCGGGCGCGGGUCUCCGCGGCAUUGAAAACAACCAAGACCCCAUCAUCCACGACGUCUUUCCGCUCCACGACCCGAGCAUGUCGGACUUCAUCACGUCGUCGUGGUACAAGGAGGCCCUCUCGGCGUCGACGCGGCAGCUGUUUUUACUGCGCACGAAAGACCACUUUGGCCUACGCAUUGCGUUUUACACGGCGUUUAUUCGCCUCUACUGCGCGUCCUUGAGCACCCCGUGCAUCGUCGGCGUCCUCCUCUGGGUGCUCUGGCGCCACAUCGACUACACGUCGUACAUGCAGGCGAUGGGCAUCUACGGCCUCCUCGUCGCGCUCGUCUGGGCGCCAAGUGUGCUCAAGCGCUGGACGCGCUACCAGUACUCGCUCCUCGUCGAGUGGGACCUGCUCCAAGCCAAAGAGGUCGAGUACCCCAACCCCGAAUUCAAAGACUUUGUCGUCGAGACCAUCAACGUGGCCAACGAAGGGGACGCGCCCGACUAUGUGGAUGUCAAGGUCUACGACAACCGGCGCCGCUGCGUGCUCCUCUUUGGCUUUGUCAUGCUCUACGCCAGUGGUACAUCGUCGCCGUCAUGA